AUGAAAUUUGUUCUAGUUAGUAUCCUUGUGAUCGGCACCGAUCCUAUGGAUAUUCAAAAUUGCGAUUAUUUUGAUACAUAUGUGACCUAUUUUACCUACGAAAGCAUUCUAAAUAUAACACAAAUCAAUAGGACAGUGACAAAGAAACAUAUUUUAAAUGACAUGGUUGUGCAGCAGGAUCUUCCCCUUCCUUGCGCGAUGCAUUACUCACUGUAUGCAGAAGAAUACACAUAUGAUAAGUGGUCCCUAUACGAGAAUGGAUCCCUAUUUCGGCACUAUGAUAAACGACAUCUUUCGAAGCAGGAAUUUUGUUUGCAACCAAAUUUGACGAGUACCGGAAAGAACUACUAUCUAAUUGUUGCCUUUAACUGCAUUCAAAAACGGCCAAUGACUAUGGCAUAUGUUAAGUCAUGCUCCGUCUUCUUUAUGGCCAUAACAAUUGCGGCCUACCUGUGGCUGCCGAAGUUCCGAUCUCUUCAUGGCAAGUGCUGCAGUCUCUACUUUACUUGUCUGGCUUUAACCUAUUUACUGAAUGUCGGCAGCAUGUUUGGCGUAUUUAAGCAUACGACUGUCAUUUGUUUCCUUGCCGGGUAUGCUGGCUAUUUCAUAGUGAUGGCCACUUUUCUGUGGCUCUCAGUAAUCAGUUUUGAUGUUUGGAGGAGAUUUGCCCGGCGUCGUGCCCAGGAUUUUUACAAGAGCAAUAGAAGCAGUUUCUUUAACUACAAUAUUUUCGUUUGGAGCUCUGCUGGACUUUUAACAUUUAUAAUUUUUUUAGUGGAUCUAUUUGUGAAGACAAAUUUAGAAAAUCCAUACAAUCCGGCUGUGGGAGUGUUUUCAUGCUGGAUAUAUACCGAUGGAUGGUCAGCAAUGUUUUAUUUUUACUUUCCAUUGACAAUUUUUAUAAUUCUUAACGGAACGAUGUUUUUCCUAACAACACGAUAUAUUUAUGUGGAAAACAAAAGCAUCCAGCAAGUGCUAAAUAAACGCGAGCUGCAAAAAAAGUCAAGGAACCAAGCCAAUUAUCGCGUUUAUCUCCGCCUGUUUAUCAUAAUGGGCGGAAGUUGGUUUCUCGAAAUUAUUGCCUUUAUAUGCGAGAGGGGAAGGGUUUUGAGUCCCCUGAUCCUCCUAAACGACAUCAUAAACUGCAGUCAAGGGAUGAUACUAUUUAUGGCUACAUUCUGCAAUCAGGAAAUGCUCAAAUCAAUUCGCAAGCGGUGGGUUUCCUGGCAAUAUAUUUUCAACAAUUUUUCUUAUAUUAUUUCACUGUUUCCAGCAUCCAAACCGGGAGAGUACGACCACUGAUGUUGCCAGAUCCCAUGUCACUCC